AUUGACGUGAAAUGAUGAGAAAUAUUCCAGGUCACAUUUAUCAGAUGUUCAUUUCAAAUUGAACAAGCAAGUUUUACUUCUUCAGGCGAUGGACCAGAUUUGUGUAGAUGUGAAACGUCCAGAUCAAAGUAAAGAUCAGUGCACAGACCAAAAUAAGACAGAUGCAGAUAAUGCAGAGGAAAAGCUUAUCAGCUCUAACAAACAGCCCUGGAAACCAUGGAAACAUAGUCGGUUACGUAUCAGAGACUGUGUCUUGUGUAUGAAGAAGGCUAUGGUCUCUUUGGCUAGUAUGGAGUGGUAUUGUUACGCCCUUUUAGGGAUGCUUACUGCUCUAAUAAGCUUCUUCAUGGAUUUGACUGUGGCCAAAGUGAUAAAUGCUCACCAAUGGCUGUACGGUUGUCUUAAGGGUCAGCACCUGCUGCAGUUCCUCUGCUGGACGCUGUACCCUGCCUGUCUCUGUGCUCUAUCCACCGGCUUCUCCCACAGCAUCUGCCCAUCCUCUGCAGGUUCUGGUGUUCCUGAGGCGAGAGCUAUUCUCUUAGGAAUGGACAUGCCAGAUUACCUGUCUCUUUCCAAUUUGUUCGCUAAAGUGGUUGGCAUGACCUGUACACUAGCUUCAGGCAGCACAGUGUUUCUUGGCAAAGUGGGUCCCUUUGUCCAUUUAUCCACCAUGGUGGGUGCAUUCAUGAAUCGUCUGCAUGUUUCCUGUCGUGGUGGAAAGCAGAGAACAUCUAAAGGAGAAAUGCUGGUUGUGGCAGCAGCAGUGGGUGUAGCAAGCUGUUUUGGGGCUCCAAUCAGUGGGGUUUUGUUCAGUAUAGAGGUAAUGGGGUCUCAUUAUUCGGUCAGCAAUUACUGUCCAUGCUUCUUUGCAGCAGCUUGUGGAGCAAUAACCUUUAGACUGCUUUCAGUCUUCAGUAGAGAUCAAGAAACCAUUCAGGCCCUGUUUAAAACCAGCUAUCCUGCAGAGUUGCCUUUCCAGCCAUUUGAAAUUUUUCUUUUUGCUCUGCUUGGGCUGAUCUGCGGUUUUAUCUGCUGUAUUUAUUUAUAUUGUCAUCGCUGGGCUCUGCGGUUUGUCAAGACAAACAAACUCAUUAGCAGAUUCCUUGCAACAGAAAAGGCUCUUUAUUCAGCCAUCGUGGCAUUUCUUCUUGCCUGCUUUACGUUUUAUCACUCAGCAGGACAUUUCAUAGCAGCUGAGCUCACAAUGAAGCAGCUGCUCUCUUCCCUGUUAGAUGCCACUUCAUGGCACACCAUUUCCCAAAAUGCAACAGGGCUGCCUGAGCCUCAAAACACAUUUUGGAAAGCAUGGAACCCACCCGAUGGGAAUUACUUCAAAACACUGGGAUUUUUUAUUCUUACAAAGGUUGGACUGUUGGUUGUGGCGUGUACCUUGCCUUUACCUGCUGGCUACUUCAUGCCCGUGUUUAUUUAUGGUGCAGCUGUGGGCCGUUUUGUGGGUGAAGGCUCUGCCUACAUUUUCUCAGCAAAGCUUUUGAUAAACCCUGGGGGCUACGCUUUGGCUGGAGCAGCUGCUUUCUCUGGAGCUGUAACACAGACUCUCUCUCCUGCCUUACUGGCUAUUGAGAUGACCGGCCAGUGCACUCACGCCGUCCCUGCCCUGGUUGCCACGUUGGUGUCCAACGCGGUGGCUCGAGCAAAGCAUCGUCCAUCCUUUUACGAUGGCAUAUCUCUUAUUAAAAAGCUCCCACACUUGCCAUCCCUCAUUCGUGCUUGUCCAAAGUUGGCUUCAGUUCAGAUCAAGCAGUUUGUGAUCCCAGCAGGAGAAGUGCUGGAGAGGGAUGAGGGACUGACAGGCGUGCAGAAAAUCCUAAACGAUAACACUGAGGAAGAAAUCCCUGUUGUGAACUCUCACGACUCCCUCACUCUCCUGGGCACAGUCAACAAAUCACAGCUGCAAGACUUUCUGCAAGAGAAUAAAAAUGAGGGGUUAUAUAAACAGUUAGAAGAAGCAUGUGCCAUUAAACCAGUUAGACUACAUCUGACUCCAGAAACCACAGUGAAGCAGGCCCAUUGUAUCAUGAGUGUCACGGGUGAGCAGAGAUUGUUUGUCACAGAGAUCGGCCGGCUGUAUGGUGUCCUCACAAGGAAAGAGAUGAAGAAAAUAAUCGAAGAAAUGGCAAAGGAGGUCUAAUGCA